AUACAGCCCCGCACGUAUUCGGAAGUAAAUACGCUCUAUGUGUUGAGAGGUAUGUGAGUAUGCAAGUAGCUAUGUUUGUUUGAGGAUGUACUGAUAGCCGCGUCGUGGCUGAAGCAAAGUGAGCGAAAUCAGGGACAGAAUGAAGAUCAACUUGUCCUCAGACGAUAUAAACCUUUUGGUAUAUCGCUAUUUAAUAGAGAAUGGGUACACGCAUACAGCCUUCUCAUUCAACAAAGAAUCAGACAUAACCAGAAACCCAUGCUAUAAUAACCAUGCUGACAAAAUACCCCCAAACGCAUUGGUUUCAUUCCUGCAGAAAGCGAUGAUAUACGUGUACCUCGAGUAUCACACAGAUGACCUUACCGGAGAACAAAUAGUUUGUGAUGAAACAUUCUCAUUCUUUAGGAAACAUGCAUGUUUUCGGAAACUUGGCCAACAACAUGGGUUUCCUAUCAAGGGAUCGACUUCACGUACCGGGGAUCAGGAAGAUCACGAGACACUUGUACAACAUUCAGGUGGCAUUGAUUUGGGCGGUGAAAAAAUUGGGGGCAACGUUUUGGCUGAAUCCUUGCCUAUCUACGUUGGCCCACCUCAAAGACGUCUGGCAGACAAAUGGCAGGUCUUUGGAUAUAUUAGGACACUUGAAUAUGGGCCCAAGGAAUCUGCUGCUUUGGCAGAUUUCAACCCUGUAUUUCCAGAGUACAUCGUAAAAAGGGUGGAAGAUGCAGUGCCAGCAUUAUAUCAACUGGAUAAGAGAAACCCAUCAAAAUCCUGUGAAAUCAUACCUCCUAUCGCAAUACUAAGACACACGGAUGCGGAUGUCGAAUGCAUAGGCACAUGCCACAAAUGGAGGCAUGAUGGUGAAGUGUUAUGCGUAGGCUACGCAUCGGGUUAUAUAGCCGUAUGGAGCAAAAUGGGAGGAUUGCUUUACAGCGAAAAGGUUAGCAACGCGGUUAUAACAGCGAUUGCCUUUUCCGGUAACAAGGCGUAUUGGAACCACCCCGAAAAGGGUAAAAUGCAUUGCAAUAUUGCUGUCGGGGACGCAAGCGGUAAUGUGACAAUUUAUAGAAUGGAAGAUGGACUACAUCAAUUAGGUGUACACGAGCAAAAAUCUGUGAUUACCGACAUCGAUUGGCAAGACAGUGUUGUUUUCGCGGCAGCCAGUGCGGAUGCAAAGGUGGUAAUUUAUGACACCAUUAAAGCCUCUACGGUCACCAUUUUGGACCAUUUCGAGUCAAACCCGGUGUUUAUGGAGUGGUGUGCAUCAGGAAAAUGCCUAGCUAUAUUGGACAACACAAGCUUGCUAAAGCUUUAUAAACCAUAUGGUCAAAACGCACAGGGCACGGUCACGUCGCUUUCCGCGCAUACUAAAAAUAUUGUUGCAGCAUCAUGGCAAUUCGGACACAAUCCCAAAUCAGCAAACAAAAUUUGUACUGUCGGUAUGGAUAAGCAACUGCUAGUUUGGGACGUCGUAGCUGAGUGUGUAGUGACGUCAAUCAUCCUCGAUAAAGUGCCAACUACCAUUGCUGUAAACUCUACUGAUACCUUUGUAGCUGUGGGCACAUAUGGAAACCUCGUCAAAAUUUUAAACCUUCCCACGCUAUCUCUCAGCUGCUCCUUCUGCGACCAGGAUCUGCCAACAUCCAUAACAUGGUCUUCCGACGGGGAAUACAUCGCAUACAACGUAUAUAACAAACAGAGGACAUCUAUAAUACCGAUACUCACCUCGCCAACGCUGUCUACUGAAUGAGUGUUGACCAUCUC